AUGCCUGUUGUGGCCGGGAGGGACAGAAAACGACGAACGAGAGGAACUCGGGCACAGGUACACGCUGAACGGUUGAUUGGAGAUCACCGAUUCAAGACCGAAGGUGCGACUGAAUUUCUGUCGAAAUAUGGCCGGAGUUCGCGGCGUGGUUCAGCACUGGAGAGUACAUAUGCGACCGCACGGACCAACACAAACUUCGAAUUGGACGGAGGACUGACAGGAGGGUGGAGUCGCACAGUUGCCGCGAUGGAGGCGGAGAUGAUAGGGUUUGUUUGGGUUUUGGAUUUUCAGAUCAGGAAUGAGAUGAGAGACUGA